AUUAAAUUUGAUUAUAUAAAUAAAAAACAUAAAAGAAAAUAUCUUUUCAAGAUCUUACCAAUAUAAAUAGUUAUUAUUACAAAGAAACUUAAGUUGAAUAUUAUAAAUAACUUAAAUUUAUAAAUAAAAUUGCAUCAUUCUUAUAUGAAUGAUACAUCUGAAAUUCGUAAUUCUUUAAUGUAAAAAGUUGAAAUAUCAAAUUUAAAUUUGGUAAUUGGAAAUAAUGAUUUAAGUAAAUAAUAAAAAUAAUAUAGAAAGAUUAAAAAAAAAAACAAUUUGGUUAAAAUGAAAAGCAAUAUUUGGUUUAAUAUUUUGACUUUUCUGGCUUUGUAUUUUAUAAUUAGACAGUGUGUUUGGUUAUAUAAUUCAUAGAUAAAAAUGCCUUUUAAAGAAUAGAUGAAGUUAUUAUCAAGUUUUUUAAAUGAAAAUAGGUACAAAGAGUCUCAGCCUUUUUCAACAUUUCCAUUUCACUUUCGUUAGGAUAAAGGUUUGUAUUCUUCAUAUGUAAUUUUAAAUGUAAUGGACAAAAGGAACUCUUUCAUUGGCCAUUUAUUAAGGACAAAAGUAGAAAUAGAUGAUAAUAACUACUUUGUUACUAAUAAUGUUUUGCUUAAUUUACUAGACUGUGUUAAUUUAGGUACAUAUGAAAUUAAUUAGGAUGAACUUGAAGAGACUCUAGACACAUUACUCGAAUUUAAUGAUAAAAACCUAAAAAAUGUUCCUUCUAUUGCUUUUUACAAAUAAAUAUUUGUAAAUGAAACAAACACAUGGUCACAACAUCCUACUAAUUUGCUUAAAGUUUCUGAUUUCACAAGAUCAUUUCCUGAAAUUCUAAAAAAAUUUUUGAAUUAUAUUGGAUUAACUAUUAUAAAUCUGUUGCCAAAGCUAUCUUAGAUUCUCCACCUUCCUACAGACAGUGAUGAUAGUGCUUAAAAUUUAGUACUUGGAAUUUCUUUGUUAAAUUCACCAAAAAUAAGGCAAUCUAUUAAGGAUAAGUGGUUGGUUAGUAACUACCAAUUGAAAGAGUACUUUGAUCUCUUAAAAAAAUACUCAUAUUAUCCACUUGAAAAAUCUAACUCCUCUAGUAGUAUGAUUGACCCUAGAAACUAUUAUGCAUUUCAUGAAUACUUAGAAUAGCUACCCUAAAAGAACACUACAUAAUUUGGGUUGUUUACUACUUGGCUACUUAACCUUGAAGAUUAAGUUGAAGGAGUUGUCCAAAUUCCAUUUAAUGUAAACAUAUUAGAUCUUACUGUUAUCAAUAACAUUAUUUAUUCCCUAAAUUACCUUCAAAUUCAUGGCAACAAAACUGUGGUAGAUUAGGUUUUCGAUGAUAAGCUAACAAUGUUAUAUCUUAAUUCAACUAACUUCCUUGACGCUCAAGUUUACUCUGGUAUUAUUGACAAGCAUAUAGAUAUAACCAAUCCAUACUACCCUUCAAAGUAUACAUUCUAUUUGUUAGCUUCUAAAAAUGCAUAUCUCUUAAAUUCUAACUCUGACAAGCUCAAUCAAAAUGCUAAAUAAGUUGCAAAGAUUUAUAAUAGAAUGCUAAAAACAAAUGCCACUUAGUUCAUCUUAGAUUCUGCCUAAGUAAGACAUAAUGGUGAUUUGUAUUGGGAGGACUUUCUUGGUAACUAUGCUAACAGAUCAUAUCAUGAGGACACUGCAUUUACUACAGUAGCAUCGCUUACUACUUUAAUCAAUACAUGGACUACAGCAAAAUUAGAUAAGAGAGGUAAUUUGAAACUAUAUUUUGAUCCUAAAACUCCUAAAAAUGUUACAGACACUAUCGAAAAAGGAAUGAAAGCAGUGACUAAAUAUGGAUUCUUUUAAAAUAGCAAUUUGAAUCCAUUUUAUAGCAUUACUUUAAAAACAUACUCUUCAUAAUUUUACUACCCGAUGAAUGUUCACAGAUAUUUAAACGGAACUUAAUUUAAUCCUCAUGUUGGAACUCAAGAUAUCGUAAAUCAUGUAGUUGGCGUUGAUGGCAUCAUAAAUCCAGAUUAAUAUGAUUAAAUGCUAAAGCAAAAAUGGUUUUCACAUGACACUGAAGAAGAUUUCACAGGAUUUAAUGUCCCAAGGCAAUAAUUUGCUUUAUGGAGCUCUGAUUCAAUAACUAUCAGCUUUGGUAUGAGUCUUUUAUCAAAGUAUCACUGUAUUGAUCGUUCUAAACUCGAUCCCUCUAGUUGAUUUAGUUUUUAAAUUUAAAUAAUAUGUGUUUUAUAUUUUUAUUUGUUGCGCUUAGUAUAUUUUUUUCAUCUUUUAAUCAGGUUAAAUCUAAUCAAAUAUAAUAACUUAAUAUACAUACCCUAAAUUAUUCUUAAUUAAGACCCCUUUUUUCUGAUAACAAUUUAAUUAAUAAAGACU